AAUGGGCCCGUUUCAGACCACGGCUUCAUGGUGUAUCUCAGCAGGUUUAUCCUCGACAAGGUCUUGAAAAUGCCUCUUGCAGUAACAUCACCCAGAUUAGGACAGCGUGAGUUUUCCUCCAGGACGUCAUGACACCAACACCGGGAACUAGAUAUUCUAACUUUUGCCCUGGAUCAAAAAGUCAUGUUGUCCCUAACUAAUGUGUUGGGCAGCUUUGUUGUUAUUGUUUACUGUAAAAUUGGUCUUAAAAGGUCUUAAAUUGAACUCCUGCCUCCUUUCUUCUGUUCUUUUUCUCCAUCUUCUUUUCUCUUAUUCCUCUGUUAUUAAACCUCACCCUCUUCUUCCUUCUUCAUCUGUAAUACUAGUUCUUGCCUAAACCAUACAUAACCUAACAAUGAUUUAAAACCGAACCAGAUCCACAGUGAUGAGGUUGUGUCUCAUGAGGACCAGGUUUUGGUCUCCAUGUGGACUAGUGGUCAGAAAAGGCCCCUAAAUACACACACACACACUGAUUAACGUUGACUCUUUGAGUGAAUGCUAUGCCUGGAUUCUCAGUUGCGGGUUGAUUUCGAUGUGCUGGAGUUCAUCAGGAUGUGCUGGACUCUGUGUUGCAAGAAGAACAUGUGCAACAAACAGCUCCUCAUCACAGACGACGACGCCUUCAAAGUCUGGUGCAUUUUCAACUUCCUGUCAGAGGACAAAUACCCCCUGGUCAUCGUCACUGAAGAGAUUGAGUACUUCCUCCGAAAGCUGAUGGAGACCAUGGGGAGUGAGUGGUGUGAGGAGAAGGUUGCAGAUUACAGGCUGCAGCUGAACACAAAGAGCUGUCUCACUGCCUGGGAGCUGGUUGAAAUGGUGGGGAUGGGUUACUUCAGCAAGGGCAUGAACCACCAGACGCUGUCGCUGGGCAUCGACGAGGUCUUCCAGGAGCUCAUACUGGACAUGCUCAAGCAGGGUUACAUGAUGAAAAAAGGACAAAGGAGGAAGAACUGGAACGAGCGCUGGUUUGUGCUUCGGCCCAACUCGCUGUCGUACUACGACUCUGAGGAUCUUGUGGAGAAGAAAGGAAAUAUCAUUCUGGACCAGAACUGCUUUGUCGAGUCUCUGCCAGAUAAAGAUGGAAAGAAAUGCCUGUUUAUCAUCAAGUGCAGUAACAGAAGCUUCGAGGUCAGCGCGUCGGACAAAAAGAAGAAACAGGAAUGGAUUCAAGUUAUUCAAACGUGCAUCCAGCUGAUAAGGUCGGGGCUGCCGUCUCCUCACCGCGAGGCCCGGCAGAGGCGCAGGGAGCUGCGGCGGCAGCAGCUUGCAGAGGAGGUGGAUCUGGUGGAGAAGAUGAAGCAGCUCCAGGUGGCAAACGAGCACAAACAGAGGCAGCUGGAGGCCAUGAGGGAGAAAAUAAAAGACGCUGCUGCCAAAGCGGCGUUAGAGGAAGACACGAGGAUGAAGACACAGUCAGACCUGCAGGAUCGCUACAGACUGGACCUGGAGAGAGAGAAGAUGGUGCGUCAGCAGAUGGAGGAGCAGGUGGCACAGAAGUCCAGUGAACUGGAGCAGUACCUGCAGCGAGUCCGCGAGCUGGAGGACAUGUACCACAGACUGGAGGACGCUUUGGAGGACGAGAGGCAGGCCAAGCAGGACGAGGAGGCCAUGAGAAAACUGCAGUCCAGGCUGCUGGAGGAGGAGGCAGCAAAGAGGGCAGAGCUGGAGCUGAUCCACCUGCGGCAGCAGGGGGCGCUGUCUCGGACUGAAGCAGAGAAGCAGGUGCUGGUGUCUGAACGUCUGGCCAAGGAGAGGGAGCUGCAGGUCGCUGUGCUGCAGCUGGAGACUCUGGAGAAGGAGCGACAGGGAGCACUGGAGCAGUAUGAGGAAGUGUCAAGGAACCUCAGGCGAGCGGCGAACAAGACAAAGACAUGGAAGGACAAGGUGGCCAAACACGAGGGCCUGGUGCGUCUCAUCCAGCCAGGUCAUAAAGGACCGCAGAGAAUCACCAACUGGGGUCCAGCGUCUUUCACUGACGCUGAGCUGGAGAUGAGGAAGAAGUCGUGGCAGGAGAGGAAGAUGAACUCUCACCAGGACAAAUGUUAGAUUUAGGGCCUGUUCAGUCCUGAGAGAUUCUGGAGUCAUGAAAGCUGUAAAAUAAAAAAUAUUUCACUCAUUUAAAGUGACGUUAUUUUAAAAUGUUCAAUGUUUGACUGCAUUUCAUUAGCUUUUUUCUGGUGAUGAUCUGAUGAUCUGCUUUUUAAUACGAUUAUUUAAAGGAAAUUGUUGUGAACAAUUAUUAUUCUGUACUCACCACAGAAACGGCAUCAAGUUGGAUUCCCUGAGGGAAAGAACAAUGGUGAACAAACUGUGACGUGCUAGAGAAGAGUUUGUGACGUUGUGCUUUGAUAUGAACUUGUUAUGAUGGUAAUUUUGUGAAAAUAAAGAACAUUUGACCGAUAUUCACUGUCGCUCAGGGACAUGUGAGUGAACUGCAUCUGUUAAACUCUCAACUAUUGUAAUAAAAACAAUAAAACCUCUAUUUUUGAA